UUUUUUUAACUGUCAACACAAUAACGUCAACUGUGAAACGUCAAAUAGUUUUCAUGAUUUCAUCUCUUUUUUCUCCUCUGCAAUAAUCAUAAUUUCUAAACUUCUGAAGUACGAAAUUGGUGUAAUGAUGUUAAAAAAUCGGAGAUUAGUAUCAUAUUAGUAGCAAUUUAAAUUAAUGAACAGUCAAUCCAAGAUGUCAAACGACACAGCUGAAAGUGCAAAAGUGGAGGCCGCGGCAGAGUGCAACGGCCCGUCCCCUGACCAAACGCGACGGUUACUUGAAGAAGAAUUUAAUGUGCAACGAGCGAAAAUGAAAGAGUUGUUCUUACAAAAAGAAGAGGACAUGAGGAAGAUGCUUCAGGACAAGGAGCAGCUAGAGUCGGAGGUGCUGGGGCUCCGGGCAGAGCUGCAGCAGCUGCAGACACUCAGUGAGAACCAGAAGUCUGAGAUACAGAGCUUGCAGAUGCUUGUCAGUGAAACCGUGGAGGCAUCGUCUUCAGGCACGGAGGAAGUGAGAAGAUUGCGAGCAAGGAACCUGGAGCUGGAACAGCAUCUAAACCAAAUGAGACAACAACAACAGGAGGUGUCGCUGGCGCCGGCCACGUUCGUGCGCUCGCUGGCCAGGAAGCUUGGCGCUGAUGCAGAGGAACAGCAGCCCAGGAAGGAAGAGGAACUCCUCCGGUCCAUAAUUCAGCCUCUGGAGAUGGAGAUCUCAGCACUUAAAAGCAAGUUACGUGAAACUGACGCGCAACUACAAGAUGCUAUGGCGAAAGCGAAAGCAACAGCCGCAGCGGCUCCCAGCGGCGACGCUAAACCUGAAGCAGAGUCGAGCAGGCAGUGCGACAUGUGUGUCAACUACGAGAAGCAGCUCGUGCUGGAGCAGACCAAGGCCGAGCAGGCCCGAGAUCGUGCCAAUAUGAAGGAGCUCGCACUCAAACAGGCGACGGAGGAGUUGGAGGGCGUGAGGUCCCUGCACGACGAGACGGUGCGGUCGUGGCAGGCGGAGCGCCAGGCGGCGGCGCAGCAGCUGGACGCGCUGCAGGCCGCCGUGCGCGCCGCGCAGGCCGCGCUGCAGCGACACCACCAGCAGGCCGACGAGGCCUCGCAGCGCGCACUGCAGCUUGUCACUGAGCUCACUGUCGACAGGGAGACCUUGCAGAAGAAACUUGACAGUUUAGAAAGAGACAACGCGAUGCUGAUUGGUCAAUACACGAAGAAAGCAGCUGAAAUGCAGAACGAAGUCAUAGACCUACCUGACAAUGUAGAGGAGCUACAGAUGCACACGCUGCGACUGCGCGAGCAGUUGAUAUUCUGCCAGCUGGGCAGGGAGGAGGCCGCCGCCGCCGAGCGAGACCUCCGCGCCCAGCUGCUGGACCAUGGAGAGCUGUUCCACAGGCAGGAAGCUGAGCUCGCCACGCUCAGGGCGCAGCUCAAGGAGGCCCUUGAGGAAGUAGACCGGCUGCAAACGGAGCAGGCCCAAAUGAAGGAGCUGGGCGACAAGCUGCGGCAGUCCAGCGAGCUGGCCGAGCAACUUCUGGAAGACAAGCGGCGCCUGCAGGCUGACCUGCAGGACGUCCGCCAGCGCGUCUCCGUACUGCAGCAGGAACUCGACAACAGUGAGAAGGUCCAGCAGGACUUUGUCCGGCUCUCGCAGUCGCUACAGGUGCAGUUGCAGCGCAUCCGCGAGGCGGACACCGAGGUACGGUGGCAACACGAGGACGAUGUACACGACUGCCCCGCCUGCCACACCCAUCUACCCAACAACAAGAAGAAGAUGCACUGCCGGCACUGCGGGCGCAUAUUCUGCAGUACGUGCGUGUCGCACAGCGUGCCGGCCGGGCCGCGCGGCGCCCCCGCCCGCGUCUGCUCCGUCUGCCGCACGCUGCUGCAGCCCCACGCCGCGCCCUACUUCAGCACCGACCCGCCGCGCUCGCCCGACUAGGGCUCCGCCCCGCUCCCGCCAGGUUGGACCUCAUCCGCCUCCCACCAUCUUCGCACCGUCCGUCUUGCGAACACCAUCGAGCAUCCAACAGAUGACUUUAUAUCGUCCAUGCCGUUGCGUGCCCAGUGCUAAGUACUUCGAUACUAGUGUCACCUCAUUGCGACUAAGUAGAACAAGUGUAGCUAGCUGGUAGUUGUUAGGUAAUGUUGUCGGGGACGCCCGGGUGGCAGGCUUGCAGUGAAGUCAACAGCCAGAAAGGAUAUGAUGCGUUGAUUACGAAUGAUAUGCGAUACAUAAGAUUAUGUAUUGGUUUAUUUUCAUGUUCAUCGACGCGUGCUUGCUGUAUAGUUAAUAAAUCUUUAAAUACAGUGCCUGGCACAUAUCGACAUUGAUCUGAUCGCACGCAAUGUAUCAGAAAUGUUGAUGUCUGCGAGAUACUAUUCUUUCCUCUUUGGACCAUCAAGUAUGAGUGUAAAUAUUGUUACGCGCUAUCGUUUGGGUCGGUCAGGAAGGCUGUUGACACGGAGGUAGGAGUGCGCCGACAAGUGAUAACGUGUGCCGUUUGGCACUUGAUAAUAAAUUAUGACAUCUAGCUAUAGUUUAGGCUAAGAGUUGUAAUAUAAAGAUAUUUUAUUGUAAAUAAAAGAGCUCCAU